AUGGCAGCCCAGCUUCGCCAGAGGCCCGUCGCCACGGCAGAUGAGGUGCCCGGCCCCGAGCUGGCACCGGCCUUGGCCGACGAGCACCGCGCAACAGACGUCGCACAUCCCUCCGGCAAGAGGAAGAAGAGCCAGCUCAUGCAAUGCAUCAACAUCACCCAGUUUAUCGGCGCCCCUCUCUACAUAAUCAGCCGCGAUGUCUAUUACGCAUACAUGGCCCUCACCAAGGAGUCCUUCGGCCUCUUGAUAACCACCAUGACAAAGAUCUGGGGCCCCACCACCAUACGCAUAAGCGGCGAUCACUCUGUCGCCGGCCAGAUCAGGCGCACCCCCGACGGCCGCGUCCAGUUUGCCUUUCCCGAGCGCAUCGUCAUGAUCGCGAACCACCAGAUCUACACCGACUGGCUAUACCUGUGGUGGGUCGGCUACGCCAACAUGCCCCAGAUGCACGGCUACAUCUAUAUCAUCCUGAAGGAAUCCCUCAAGUACAUCCCCGUCAUCGGCACCGGCAUGAUGUUCUACGGAUUCAUCUUCAUGUCCCGCAAGAUGGCCGUCGACCAGCCCAGGAUGGCCUACCGCCUCAACAAGCUCAGGACCGCCCACACCGCCCCCGAUGGUUCCUCCUUCCUCAACCCAAUGUGGCUGCUCCUGUUCCCCGAGGGCACCAACUUGUCCGGUAACGGCAGGGACAAGUCGGCCAGGUGGGCGGAAAAGGCCGGCGUCAAGGACUGCAAGCACAUGCUGCUCCCUCGGAGCACCGGCAUGUACUUUGUGCUCAAGGAGCUCAGGGGCUCCGUUGAAUAUGUCUACGACUGUACUGUUGCGUAUGAGGGCAUCCCCCACGGGAGGUACGGCGAAGAGUUCUUCAGCCUGUCCAGUACUUAUUUUCAAGGCCAAGCGCCCAAGUCCGUCAACUUCUAUUGGCGCCGUUUUCGCGUCGAUGAGAUGCCGCUGGAUGAACCGGAGAAGUUCGAAACCUGGCUGCGGGAGAGAUGGUACGAGAAGGAUGCGCUCUUGGAGACUUAUACGACCACGGGCCGCUUCCCACGGCUGCCCACCGAACCUGGGAAGGCCGACACCGAAGUGCCCGACUUUAUCGAGACUGAAGUAAGAACCAAGUAUUGGUGGGAGUUCCUCAGGAUAUUUGUCGUUAUCGGUAUCUUCGGCCUUCUAGGGAACCUGGUCGUAAAGUUUUGGUAUAGGAUGUCGCGCAUUGUUUCUUUGUAA